AUGGCUGCGCCUAUGGAUGGCCCCCCACUUUCUUCAGCGCGAGAGACUGAUGAAACCGCACAUGUAGUGGAUGAUGCCCCUGGUACCUCUAGUGCAACGACAACCUCGAUGCCAGCUGUGUCCGGCAGCACAGCAACGAUUGCUCUUUCGGAGGCAAAACUUGUUUGUGUAGAAUAUCCAGGAUGUGUCACCAAUGUAGAAAAAAUGUUGCAAACAGUUGGGGGAGAACAGGGAGUGUCAAAGACCUAUGCAGAAUCAGUAAAACGACUGGAGCUUCGAUUUCGGCCUCAGGAUCCUUUCUGUCACCCAGUGUGUGGAAAUCGGUAUUCCUCCACUAACCUUCUCCUCCGAGUGAGGCGGAGAACCCGCAAAGGGAACCGCGCAGAUUCCCAAAUCACCAUGGAGAUCCUAGGACUAAUAGGAACAACUUAUAAAUUUCAAGGCAUGGCAGACUUCCAGUAUCUUGCUGUUCACUCACAGCCAGAUGGCUCGCAGAUGUCUUUAUAUAACAAGAUUAUUUUGCGCCAGCCUGAAAAGAGGGAGUUCUUCGACAAUGACGUGCCCCUCUUCAUACCACCUCCCAUCUUCUCUCGCCUGGACAGUGCUGUAGAUUAUUACUACCGACCAGACAUCCAGCAUAAGGAAGGCUACAUGCCACCAGUCACAUCCAAAGAGCACCUUAUUGGCAUGAGUCGGGCCCGCCGCCCGCAUAAUGCUAUUUUUGUCAACUUUGAUGACAAGGAAGUGCCAUCAGAACCUCUUGAGGCUGCCAAACUGAACUGGAGGAAGAUAUGCCACCACCCAAGUGAUGUCAAGGCUGAGGAAGAAAUGAGACAGUUGUUUGAAAAAAGGCCCAUUUGGUCCCGCAAUGCUGUCAAGGCCAACAUGGACAUCCACCCCGAAAAACUGAAGCUUCUUCUGCCCUAUGUGGCCUAUUACAUGCUAACAGGACCAUGGAGGAGCUUGUGGGUAAGAUUUGGAUAUGACCCAAGAAAAACCCCGGAGGCAAAGAUCUACCAGGUGUUGGAUUUCCGGAUCCGCUGUGGCAUGAAGCAUGGAUACGGUGUGAAUGACAUGCCAGUGAAGGCCAAAAGAAGCACUUAUAAUUACAACCUACCAACCACGCUUAACAAAGCAGGACCACAGCCUGCUAGCCUGAAGGAGAUCACCAAGGAAAGUGCACCUUCAAUGCCCAAGCCUGCCGUACCAAGAUACAAGCUAAAGGAAUCAGCCUAUAUAUUCCGUGAGGGCAUGCUCCCACCCUAUCGCCAGAUGUUUUACCAGCUCUGCGAUCUGGAAGUAGACAGAAUAAAAACAAUCAUCCACCGGAAUGAUGGGAAGGAGGAAGAGUGUGAUGAGCGUGAUGGCUGGUGUCCGCCCCGCACUGCAGAUGAGCUACGGGAUAUUAUAUCUGGCAUGAUUACCCAGAUCGUACGUGCCAAAAGGCCAGUGUCGUUAAGCUCGAGGCCCAAACGUGUUUCAGCGGGGCGUAGAAGAGCUGACAGUGGAGAGGAGGAGGAAGAAGAGGAAGAUGAUGACGAUGAUGAUGACGGGAACUAUCAGCCCUCUGAGGGGAGUGACAAUGAGAUGGAGACAGAAAUGCUUGAUUACAUGUGAAUCUAAACAGUAACUGAUUCAUUUCAGUUGAAUAAGAAAUUUACUGGAUUUUGCUGGAAAAUUGACUGGAAAAUGCAGCAUAUUGCAGCGUAGUGUUGACUGCGAACU